AUGUGUUCUCUACAGGACAACGCUAUCAUUGUGUUCAUUUCCAUUAUCUUGAGUCUCGCAACUGAAUUUGUCAAAGCAGCUAACAGUCAUGAAGGUUCUCUAUCACCUGGUUUUGAUUGGGGGAAGUUGAUCGAUUGGGCUUGGUCUUAUGAUACGGAGAAAGACGGAGUUGAGAACCAACCAUUAAGUACAAUGCAUGAGCCUACACCUCACCUGGCUCCACCGAACAGCAGUCCUCACAAGACUCAAGUGCAUACACAACAACAAGAUUCUGGACCUGAGAAAAUUAAGAAAAGGAAGAAAUUAAGUAAUAAAGAGCGAUACUCAGCCGAGAGAUUGAAAGAAAUAAACCACGCAAACUACGUCAAAAUUAAAAAUGAUCCCAUCAAAUGGAAAGCCAGAGAAAAUGCGCGAAAAGCGAGAUACCAUGAUGAACAGAAAAAACUUGCAUUGUUGACAGGAUCAGAAUUAGAAGAACAGCUUAACAAACAAAGGGCAGUAAAAGAUAGAAAGAAUUACCUCGCUCGACUUAGACGAAAUCCAAAUGCCCGAAUCGAGCCAAAGCGAGGAUUUGUCUUGUCUGAAAAAGAGCGAGCCAAUUGCAGGGAAAGAACCAGGUUGUGUCGUCUACGGAAAAAGCUAAGUGCGCUGGGAAGUCCUUCUCAAAGUUGA